AUGGCUUUAGACCAGGGUCGUGGAUGGGGAAUUAGUCCCUAUAUACAAAAGGUUCUUUAUCUCACCGUUAUCGAGAGAAUGGUCACCUAUGCGGCUGCUAUAUGGGCUGAACCCAUGCAGGGUCGCAAAGUGCGCCACUUGCAAAGUCUCCAGCGUCAAUUUGCCUUACAGAUAACUAGGGCGUUUCGUACUACCUCAUCCAGUGCAUUAAAUGUCAUGGCGGGACUGAUCCCUCUUCAUCUACUCCUUCAAGGAACAGGACUUCGGAUUUUCCUUAAGGACGUAACACUGCCACCUAUCCCAAGCAUUCAAUAUUACACUGAUGGAUCUAAAAUAGAUCAACAGACAGGCUGUGCCCUUGUAGCCUUUCAUAAUGGUCAGUCAAUUUAUCAGUGGCUGGGUCAUCUCCAUGGAAAUAAUAGUGUAUUUCAAGCGGAGGCCCUAGCCAUCCUCAAAGCAGUUCAACACUGUAAAACAAGUGGUGCUAUGGAGGCAAUAAUUAUCACUGAUAGUCUUUCGUCGCUUCAAGCGAUUCAAAACCCCAGACAUUCUUCUUCGCUUAUCUCGGACAUCCAAUGUGAACUUCGUAAUCAAGUGGGAAAUAACAUCACGCUAGCUUGGACUAAGGGCCAUGCUGGGGAUCACGGUAAUACUUUGGCAGAUAAGUUAGCCAAAUCAGCUGCCGAAAAUACCGAUGCCGAGGCUGAAGAAGUGAUUCUUAAGUGGCCAACAUCUCACUUAAAACGAGCUCUUCUUUUUUAA